ACGCGUGCGGUUCGCUCUGACGGAAAACUCGAAUGAAACACCUGGAAAGCCAAAGCAGAUUCGAGCCAACGGAUAACUUGACUUCGAUUCUGAGGUGCCACAAAAGUUUUGUAGGCGCGUGAACUCGUUACGCAUAAAUUACGUUACUGCAGCACGCUGACCGCGUUUCUUAACGGACCCACCAGCAGUACCAGCAACAGCAGCGAUUUGUGGCAAGGAGUCGACAAUAUUGUUGCCGCUUUCCCCUCGGACCUGUGGCAGUUGCUGGCGCUGCUGCUGUUUCGACAGCAUCAAUCACGGCCGAGGAAGACCCUGGAACGAGGUGCAUCUGCGAAACGUUAGGCAACGUGAAACGCACGAGAUCAAAGUGAAUCGAAGCGCGAAGCGCGAAGCCAAAGCGGAGAACGCAAGGAAAGUAAAGGGGAACUACGAAGAGAAUCCAAUAACUGUGCCACAAUGCAGCAGAAAGUGAAUGCACGGUAAAUACGAAAAUUAAAUAGGAAAAACGCGCGGCAACAGUGCAGCAGAGUGCGAGCGGGAGAGCGAGCGGCGUCGGGCGACGGCAGCCGGGAAUCAUGAGCGAGAAACGAAUCGCACACAAAACUGUCAUCAAAUGACAAAUGCUUGACAGCAUCAAUCAGCAACUGCGACGACAACAGCGACGGCGACUGAGACGACAGCUAUGGCAACGCAUUGCCAUUGCCGGCGGCGUGGGGAGAGCGUCUGCGCUUGCAGUGGAGACAGUGGCAGUUUGUGGGUGCGCUUGAAGCUCUGCCCUCUGCUGCUACUGCUUCUGCUGCUGCUGCUGAUUCUGCUGCCGGCACCAGCGUCGAGCAGCACAAUAGCGGCAAAGGUAAACGAGGAAACCAAAGAGAACCGAACUUCUGCCAAGCAAGAAAUUCAUCGAGGAGAACCACUUAGCGAACAAUUUAGCCAAAUUACUGUUAACACAACAUCAGCCACGCCCACUGCCACGCCCCUGAACACACCCAGCACCGCCACGGCGACGGGUAUCAGGGAGAACGUCAUGCUGCCCUCGGCAGAUCCCGAGCGCGAGGCCCAGAUUCUCUACGAGAAGUCCCUGCAGGAGUACCACGGCAGCCAGAUGGCCACCGCAGCCGCCGCGGAUGCAGGCAGCGGCAGUCCGCAGCAGCGCACGCUGCACUCGAUCUGCGAACGGUGGCAGCUCAAGCACUGCCACUGCAGCGGCAGCCUGAAGAGCGUCAAGCUGAGCUGCCGCGGCAUCGGCAUCCUGGCGGUACCCGUCAACCUGCCCACCGAGGUCUACUUCCUGGAUUUGGGCAACAACAAUCUAACCAAAUUGGAGGCCAACUCAUUUUUUAUGGUACCAAAUCUGGAGGAGCUGACUUUGUCGGACAAUAGCAUCAUUAAUAUGGAUCCCAAUGCAUUUUAUGGUUUGGGAAAAUUGAAACGUUUGAGUUUGCAGAACUGUGGCCUCAAAUCGUUGCCGCCGCAGUCGUUCCAAGGACUUGGCCAGCUGACUAGCCUUCAAUUGAAUGGCAACGCCUUGGCCAGUCUGGAUGGGGAUUGUCUGGGGCACUUGCAGCGGCUCCGCACCCUGCGACUCGAGGGCAAUCUCUUCUAUCGCAUCCCAACAAACGCCCUGGCCGGACUCAGAACCCUCGAAGCACUCAAUUUGGGCAGCAAUUUGUUGACAAUAAUAAAUGACGAGGACUUUCCCCGAAUGCCAAACUUGAUCGUCCUCUUGCUGAAGCGAAAUCAAAUCAUGAAAAUCUCCGCGGGGUCUCUCAAAAAUUUAACCGCCUUAAAAGUUUUAGAACUGGAUGAUAAUUUAAUAAGCAGUUUGCCCGAGGGUCUCAACAAAUUGUCGCAGCUGCAGGAGCUUUCUAUGACCAGCAAUCGACUGCGCUGGAUAAACGACACGGAGCUACCCAGGAGCAUGCAAAUGCUGGACAUGAGAGCCAAUCCCCUCUCAACGAUUACGGCCGGCGCCCUCCGAGGCAUGACCAAGCUGAGGAAGCUAAUCCUCUCGGAUGUGCGGACUCUGCGCGCCUUUCCCGAUCUCGAGGCCUGCCACGCUCUGGAGAUACUCAAGCUGGACCGUGCGGGCAUUCAGGAGGUGCCAUCGAACCUGUGCCGUCAAACGCCAAGACUGAAGAGUUUAGAACUAAAAACCAAUUCCCUGAAACGCAUCCCAAAUUUAAGUAGCUGCAGAGACUUAAGGCUGUUAGAUCUAUCGAGCAAUCAAAUUGAGACCCUUCAGGGCAAGCCCUUCCAUGGUCUGAAGAAGCUGAACGAUCUGCUUCUCUCGUACAACCGCAUCGGUGCUCUCCCACAGGAUGCCUUCCAAGGCAUACCCAAGCUGCAGCUGCUCGAUCUGGAGGGAAACGAUAUCACCUUCAUUCACAAGGAGGCCUUUGCCGGUUUCAGCGCCCUCGAGGAUCUCAAUCUGGGCAACAACAUCUUCCCAGAGCUGCCCGAGUCGGGCUUGAGAGCCCUGCUGCACCUGAAGACCUUCAACAAUCCCAAGCUGAGGGAAUUCCCGCCCCCGGACACCUUUCCGCGCAUCCAAACGCUGAUCCUGUCCUAUGCCUAUCACUGCUGCGCCUUCCUGCCCCUGGUUGCGAUGUCCGCCAAGAGGAAAACCUCACAGGUGCAGGAGGCGGUACUCUUUCCCUCCGAUGCCGAGUUCGACAUGACGCUGUGGAACAACAGCAUGAUGAAUAUCUGGCCACAAAUGCACAAUCUCAGCCAGCAGCUGGGAGCAGCCAUGCACGAUCCUUGGGAGGGGGCUACCUUCGGCGAGGAUCAGCUGCAGUCCCCGACGGGUGGUCAGGCGCCCACCAGCUACAUGGAGGAGUACUUCGAGGAGCACGACGUGAGCGGCCCGGCCACGGGCUAUGGCUUCGGAACGGGCCUGUUCGCGGGCAUAUCCGCGGAUGACUUUCAGCCGGGGUCGGUGCAGUGUCUGCCGAUGCCGGGCACCUUCCUGCCCUGCGCCGAUCUCUUCGACUGGUGGACACUGCGCUGCGGCGUGUGGGUGGUCUUCCUGCUGGCCCUGCUCGGCAACGGCACCGUGGUCUUUGUGCUCCUCUGCUCUCGCUCCAAGAUGGAUGUGCCCAGAUUCCUGGUGUGCAACCUGGCGGCCGCCGACUUCUUCAUGGGCAUCUACCUGGGCAUCCUGGCCAUUGUCGACGCCGCCACUCUCGGAGAGUUCCGCAUGUUUGCCAUCCCCUGGCAGAUGUCGCUGCUGUGCCAGCUGGCCGGCUUCCUGGCCGUGCUCAGCUCCGAGCUCUCGGUCUACACUCUGGCCGUGAUCACGCUGGAGCGGAACUAUGCCAUCACCCACGCCAUACACCUGAACAAGCGCCUCUCCCUGCGGCAAGCUGGAUACAUCAUGAGCGUGGGCUGGGUCUUUUCUCUGAUCAUGGCCCUUCUGCCCCUGCUGGGCGUCUCGGACUACCGCAAGUUCGCCGUCUGUCUGCCGUUCGAGACGACUACGGGAGUGGCCAGCCUGACCUAUGUGGUGUCCCUGAUGAUCAUCAACGGCUGUGCCUUCCUCACGCUGAUGGGCUGCUACCUGAAGAUGUACUGGGCCAUCCGGGGCAGCCAGGCCUGGAACACGAACGACUCCCGGAUAGCCAAGCGCAUGGCCCUGCUCGUCUUCACCGACUUCCUCUGCUGGUCCCCCAUCGCCUUCUUCUCGAUCACCGCCAUCUUCGGCCUGCAGCUGAUCUCCCUGGAGCAGGCCAAGAUCUUCACGGUGUUCGUUCUGCCCCUCAACAGCUGCUGCAACCCCUUCCUCUACGCCAUCAUGACGAAGCAGUUCAAGAAGGACUGCGUCACGCUCUGCAAACACUUCGAGGAGUCGCGCGUCAUGGGCGGCGGAACGGGCGCCAGGGGCGCUGUGGCCCGGGCAAAGAGGGGGGAGUUGCCACCGCCACUGCUGCCGGCGGCUGCGGCCCAUCCGCCGGGCUGCCGCUGCCUGAGAAUGCUGCCCAGCGAGAUGCCCAACUGGCACAAGAUGGAGCAGGCGCCGGGCCUCUGGCAGCGCCUGAGAACAUUCUGCUGUGGCGACCGGCGCCGGCGCCGCAAGCAACGCCGACAGCCGCAGCAGCGACGCCCCAGGGCCUACACCGCUGCAGCCGCCAAUCCCUACCAGUACCAGUUCGCUGAGCUGCGCCAACAGCGCCAGAACCGGGCCAGCUCCAUCUCCAGCGAGAACUUCUGCAGCUCGCGGUCGUCCAGCUGGCGGCAUGGCCCGCCCUCCUCCGCUCCGGUGCCGCAGAGCAACUGCAGCAUGCCGCUGAAAAUGAUGGAGCCCCACGGACAUGUGCACGGCCACGGACGGCGCAGACAUUCCGCCUGGCUGAUCACACGAAAGACGUCGCAGGACUCGAAUCUGUCCAGCUCGAGGAACGACUCCUCGGCAUCAGCCACCACCGCCAGCACUUCGACCUUCCGGCUAUCCCGGUCCAGUGCCGGAAGCAGCACACCUCUACCCUCGAUCAUAGCGCACAACGGAAAGGCAUUGAACGAGGCGACUAAGCCCCGUCUGGUGCGGCAGGAGGCGGUCCAAGAGGAGGAGGACUCCUCGCCGCCACGUCUGGGAGUGCGCUUCCUGCCCACCAUCCCGUCGGCGGCCGACAGUUCGGUCAUCAUGGAGGAUGGCGACUCGGCCAACACCAGCGGAGUCGCUGGCUUUCUGGGCAUGCCCCUGCCGGGUGCCUCCAGCGGCUUCCUCAUAGCCCCAGCGACACCCACCCCGCCGGCGAUGCUGCAGCCCGAAAAGCCGCCACCCGAUCCCAACGAUGCCCCGCCAUGAUGGUGGGCCUGGGGCUGGCGGAGGAUGGGCAGAGCCAAUCGGGAGACCUUCUUGUAGAGGACAAGGGAACAGAAAGCAAACUGUGUUCAUAGAUUGUAUUCGGGGGCGGGGCGGGGCUGGACCUGCGAAGGAUAGGGAACUUAGGAUAGCUAAAGACAAAGCAGAACAAAACAAAACAAAAUCCCAUUAGGCACGGCGAACAUUAUAUAGUAAACAUAUUGCACGUAGUCCUAAGUAGUCAAUUCGUUAAGCGCAACCCAUGCCUACUCUGAUCCACUUUAAGAUAACUGCGGAUCUGCGAAGAUCCAGAAUGAGUUAACACUUUGAUCCGACAGAGGAUCAGUCGAUAAUUGAUAUUUAAAUUAAAUUCGAAUAUGUGUGAGCCUCGAAGAGCUCUGCAACCCCAAUUACCGCAUUUACAUAUACAUAUACACAUAAAAUGGCUAGAAUGCGACUCUCCCUGAGCGUUCUCAAGGAUCGUUUCUGGGCAGGUCCGUCCCAGCUAAGAACCCAUAGCCGCCAACAGAAGUCAUCGUUAGAGGGAUCAGAGAAGGUUGAUUAAAGAGUAUUAUGUAUUGCAUAAAUUAUUAUAGUAGAUUACGUUCGUUGCAUUAACCCAUACAAGUUUAGUGUAGCCGCAUACUCGUAUAUAUUCGUAUACUCGUAUAUGUAUAGUGUAUUUGUAUUUGUAUUUAUGUAUGUGUGAACUACGAGUAUGUUCGAAGAUGCCAAGCAUCUGUGCAUCGGUGCAAACCUGGAAACGAAACCAAGCCAUAAACAUAAACAUUGAA